UUUAAACUGACACACAGAGAGCAAAACUUCUUCUCAAGUCUCCAAAAGUCUAAACACAUUUUCUGCUUUACACACAUUUUGCAUUUCAAAAUGGCACUUUUUAAAUGCACUGAACACAGUUCUCUGCAUAAGACACAACAAUCUGACAUAAAGUCACAUGUUUGCCAUUUCAAAACACUGCCAUUCAAAAUGACACUACAUGAGCUAAUUGGCCAAUUACAUGUGCCACCUGGCCAAACACCUCAAUGGUUAAUUGUUAACACUUCAAUCAGGAUGUAAGCACUGUGAAAAGACCACAGGUGAGAACCUUUUUUUUACAACCACAAUGGAAGACAUUGCAGAGAGAGGAAGAGGAAGAGGAAGAGGGAGGUUGAGAAUAAGAGGGGGAGGAAGAGUGAGAGGUAGGGGUAGAGCAGGUAGAGGAGUUCAUGGCCAAAGAAGACAAACACUUUCAAAUGAAAUCAGAGCAACCUUAGUAGAUCAUGUCAUCAACCAUGGGCUGACAAUGCGUGAGGCUGGACAGCGAGUGCAGCCAAACUUGAGCCGUUUUACUGUCGCCUCUGUCAUCCGGACCUUUAGACUGGAGAACAGGACUGAGAGACGACACCAUGGUGGAGGAAGGGGCCAAAUGUUCACCGGGGUACAGGAAGCUGCCAUUGUAAACUUGGUUUUGGAAAAUAAUGAAAUCAGAUUACGAGAAAUUCAAAGCCACAUCAUCCAAGACAACACCUUAUUCAACAACAUUCAACGAGUCAGUCUGUCCACAUUGGCUCGCAUUCUCAAGCGAAACCAAAUCAGAAUGAAACAACUUUAUAAGGUGCCAUUUGAGAGAAACUCUCAAAGAAACAAAGAGUUCAGACGAGCAUAUGUGGAUGGAGUACUGGAAAUGGAUGCUCAUGCAAUCCCACAUGAGUUCAUCUUUAUAGAUGAGGCUGGGUUCAACCUAGCAAAGACCAGAAGAAGGGGGAGAAACGUCAUUGGCCACAGAGCCAUUAUAGAUGUUCCUGGCCAACGUGGUGGGAACAUCACACUGUGCGCUGCCAUCUCCAGUAUGCAUGGUGUCCUCCACCGUCAUGCCAACCUUGGACCAUACAACACAGCCCAUAUUCUCACAUUUCUGGACAGACUUCAAAACAUUCUCAUACCACCAGAGCGUAUGAAUGAUGCAGACCAUCAAAGAAACCGGUACGUUGUAGUAUGGGACAACGUGAGCUUUCAUCGUGCAGCCCCAGUCCAAAACUGGUUUGCUGACCACCCAACAUUUCUUGUGCAAUACCUCCCACCAUACUCACCAUUUCUGAACCCCAUAGAAGAGUUCUUUUCGGCAUGGCGGUGGAAGGUAUACGACCGGCAGCCCUUUGUGCGCAUGCCUCUUGUGCAGGCCAUGGAAGAGGCAUGUGAUGAGAUUGAUGUGGGUGCAAUUCAGGGAUGGAUAAGGCUUUUAUGUUGUGUUGAUUUCAUCUAA